AUGUUUGAAGCCUUACUUGAAAGAAUUCUUCUCGCAAAACUUGGAAAAUAUAUCGAAGGGCUUGAUAGGGAAAAUUUAAAAAUUGCUGUGUGAAGUGGAGACAUAAUUCUAGAAAAUGUUCAUCUUAAGACCGAAACUUUAUUAAUGCUUCAACUUCCUUUAAUUCUUCACUAUUCUCGUGUAUCUAGACUUGAAAUAAGAAUUCCAUGGCUACAGCUUGGAAGCAGUCCUGUUGAAAUUAAUCUCCAAGGGGUAUUUGCAAUAGUUACCCCUCAACAGAAGAACACAUGAAAUUACAGCGAGGAUGGAGAAAUUUUGCGAAGAAAAGAACAUAUAGCAGCAAAUGAGCUAAGGUGGAAGCAAUUACAAGAACAAAAAACUCUAUCGGCGGAAGAAGAAUUAAAGCAAAAAAGUUAUCUUGAAAAACUUGCUUCAAGAAUAAUUGAUAAUUUAAAAGUCACGAUUGAAGAUAUACAUUUUUGUUUCCUAAAAUAAAUAAAAAAAUUUUUUUUUUAUUUUUUAAAUUUUUUUAAAAAAAAUUUACAUUUUAGGUUUGAACACAAUAUGGACGGAAGACGGUUUUCAAGUGGGCUUACUUUAGAAAAAGUUGAAUGUUACACUACAAAUCAAUAUUGGAAUAAAGAAUAUACUGAUAGACAGCAAGAAGGCAGUGCUGGGAAAUCGAUAUAUAAAUUGCUGAAUAUUGUCGGACUUGGGAUUUAUUGGAAAAAUGAUGACGACAAAAUAUUGAGCCAAUUAAGCUCAGAAAAUGAAAUUAUUGAAGCUUUAAAAAAGAGAACAUAUGAGUGUCAAAUUAAUGAUUAUUUAAUAUUGCCAAGUAAGAUAUAAAUAGUUAACGCCACAACACAAAUUAUCCACAAUGGAGACUUAACACAGCUGGACAAACCAAGAUAUGCAAUUGAUGUAGCUAUGCCUGAAAUCUAUACAAAAUUCCAUCAAAAACAGUUUCAUGACAUUGUAAAAGUCUGUGACUAUUUAGCUGAGUAUAAUAAAUUCAUACUUAAAGCGUAACUUCCAAUUAGAGAAAAUAAAAAGAAAUUCGUCGCACUUAGCCCUAUAGAAAGAACCCCUCGGUCACUUCUUAAAUUUGGAAUUGAAUGUGUAUUAAAAACAGUUAAACAAAGAAAAAAUCGUGCAGUUGAUUUGUUUAAAAUACCUAAAGACCUAAAAGAUUUUUAUGAAUCGAAUUACAAGCUUCUUCAUCUAAAAUUAAAAAAAGAAGGAUCAUUAAGCCCAGAAAAGACUGCUUUAUAUAAUAGAAUUAUUUUUAUUACCCCUUUAGAAGAGCUUCGAAAAUGAACUGACCAAGUUCUUUCUGUAUUAGAUAAAGAAGAAAAAGAAAAAGUAGAAAAUUCGAAGAAAAGAGGAUGGAUGUCUUAUAUAUGAGGCGGGCCAGAAACAACCAAAGAAAAAGAUGAUGAAGCUUAUGAACAGAUUUUUGGUGAAAGCAUACAAGAAUGGCAGCCUUCUGAAGUCUCAAAAAGUUAUGUGUGGCUUGAAUUCGAGUUUCGACUACAAAAAGGCUCCCUUGAGCUUUGUAAAUAUAAAAAAGGAAGUGGGGAAGAAUUAGAAAGCUUAGAAUUCAGACAUGAAAGAUUCCUAUUUAAAAUCGCUUUAAGAACGCCUGGUGGAGAUUUGUGUAUUUCUGCCCAAAGUAUAUCUAUAAUAUCAGUAACUUCUGAAGGCGAAAAAAUUGUUUGCCAAAAAUUGCAAGAAAAUACCUUACCUUUAGCCUUACUUGCAAUCUCGUUAAAGCCUGAAUCUGAAGAUGUCGCUGCAUCUGUAGAAUUUCAGUCACAGCCUUUUGAGGUGAAUUUUAAUCCAGAUGCUUUAUGUAUGUUUUGCUCUUUUUUUAUAGUCCCAAACGUUGCGGAUGCCACCAAAGCAGCUGCAUGAGAUACUUUACAAGAAUUUCAAGACUCAACACAAGAGACUUUGACUGAUUUGCUAUAUGGGGAAACCAAAUACAUUUUAAAAAUCCACGCUUGUGGCCCACGAAUAACGCUUCCGUCUCCAACUGGUCAAGGCAAGUUUAUACUUAAUCUAGGAGAAGCUGAAAUUUAUAAUGAAAUUUCUGAAGCAGAAGGGCUAUAUGAAGAAUUUUAUAUUCACAUUUCCAAUAUAAGUUUUCUGCAUUCGCUGGAUUUUAUUAAUUUUACCCCAGUUGUCCCAUCUUUUGAGAUAAAUACCUCUUUAGAUGUACUGAAAUCAAGAUAUAAAAAACGAAAAUGGGAAAAAAACGAAAGGCAAUUCAUUGAGGUAGCUGAUUUAGUUAUGUCAGGGUCAAUUCCUGUAUUGAGAGUGAUCCUUUCGCCUUCUAUUUAUAAUCAAAUUUUAAGGCUGGGUGAAAUAUUUAAGUUAGAUGACGAGGUAUGGAGUACCAUUAUUUUGGAAAAAAGGAUUAUCAUGAGAAAAGCAGUCACAAUCUCAAAAUUAAAGAAAAAAAAUGCAAGUAUUCAGUCCUGGCACCACUAUUUUGCAGUCCUUUCUGCUGGGUAUAUCUAUUUCUUCAAUAACGAAAAAGAAACACUUGCAGCGAAUUAUUAUUAUAUUAAAGAUUGCAGUGUUGUCGAUAUAUCAGAUCAAAUUGGGAUUCCUAACACCUUGAAAGAAAUUUAUAGAGAAAUUCCUCAAGAUGAUACAGAAUAACUUGAAUUUUUCUAGGAAACGACCAGACUUGAAGGUCUUAUGGCUAUAAUUUAAUUAAUUAAAAAUUAUUUAACUAACACCCUAAAACUAUUAAACAGGUUUGGCGAAUGUGUAAUAGCUUUUGACAAGCCAUCAGAAAUGAAAAAAUGGAUGGAAAAAUUAAAUGACCAAAUCACUGAAUUAAUGACAUAUACAAGUGCAGCAGCAAAAGACCCAACUCCAAAGGCAAAUAAGCUAUGGUGUGUAAUUGAUUUUUCAUACCCCGAAAUUUCACUAAAGCUGAGCAAUGAAGAAGGAGCUGAGCUUGCUGAGUUUGAGCUGAACGAGCUUUCAAUGAAAGGAUUGCUAACUCCCCCCCCCCCCCUCCGUGAGCGAACAAAAAAAUUUUGUUCGCUCACGGAGGGGGGUUAAUUUUUUUUUUUAAAAAAAAAUUUAUAUAUAAAUUUUAUAAAAAAUAUGUUUUUCGAAAUUUAAAAAAAUCCUAAUUUGCAAAAAUUGGGAAGCAAAUAUUAAUUUAAUUUGCAAAAUUUAUGUUUUAAAACGCAAUUUGUUUGAAAUUAAACAGAAUUAGCUCUAGAUUUCAUUAUACUAAUUAUCACUUAUAUAUCAAAAUUUUUUUCCAUUAAAAUUUUUUCUAUUAAAAAAAAUUUUUGUUCACUCACGGAGGGUGGGUUUUUGGUCAAAAAAUGGCGAUUUUUCUAAUGGUUUUGUUCGCUCACGGAGGGGGGGGGGGGGUAAACACUUUUGACUUAGGAGUCCACGCAACUCUUGAGUCUUUAAACAUUAAAGAUCUGCAGCGAAAUAGUCCUUCUAUUCAUUUUAACUAUUUCGUAAGGACUUUAAAUGAAGAUAAAGGCUUAAUGGACUUCAAAUUCCAAUACAUUUCAAGGGCAUCUUUAGAUUAUAAUGAUACAGAUGUGGUUUCUAUGGCAAGUUUUGGGACUUUACAAAUAAAUUGGAAUCCUGACAUUAUAGGAAUCAUCUUAAAUUUUUUUGCUUUUGCAAGGUAUUCAGACCCAUCUUCAGUAGUUAGCGCACUUACACAUCAGCAGACAUUAGGAAAACUUCAGUCAGACCAUGUCCUUUUUAAUUUAAGUUUGAAAAUAGAAAAACUUGAUUUAUAUCUAAAUAAUGUCCAAAAAGAACUGUGUAUUGCACUUGUGUCGAUACAAAAUACAGAUACAGCGAUUUUGAUUAGAAAUGGAGGCUCAGAAUUUUCUGGAUUUUUGGGGAAUCUUCUUGUGGAUGAUUUGACGAAUUAUCCGAAAACAGCGGUAUCAAAUCAUAGGUAUUUAUAUCCUUUCACGCUAUUGUCGGUUAGAGAUAGUUCUCAGUUUCUUUUGAAGUUUAAAAUUUGCAUGUAUUCUGAAGAUAAUCCUGAUAAGCCGCUAGACACGUCGACUAUUGUUAAUAUUGAGAUGAACUCAAUAAAUAUGGUUUAUAUUCAACAGCCAUUCUUGAGGAUCAUUGAUUAUUUUUCAUAUAUACUAUUUUGAAGGAAUAAAUAAUUUGGAAAUUCUAAUGCCUGCUAUAAUAAAAAAGAAGAUUUGAAUAACAAAAAUGCAUUUUUUUAUUAAAAAAGUAUAAAAUAUUAGGGGUUUUUGAUGUAAAUGCGAGAGCAAGAGACAUUAACCAUUGGUCUCCUCUUUACCGCUUAUCUUAUCUUCUAAAUUUAUCCACAAUUCAAUCACUUCAAGAAGAAUCAGGCCUCUUCCAAGAUACAAGAAGUUUCACAUCUAUGACAAUAAACAUUAAAAACCCUCACAUUACCCUUACUCCUCGUCCUGACUACCCUGAUUACCUCAUAGUUGACUUAGGUGACAUUAAUAUUACCAACAAGCAUGGAAUCAGCACAAAUCGAGGAGACGAAGUAUGGCUUGACAUUUAUACGAUUUUUAUGAAAAACGUCAAUAUAAGCAGCAAAACUCAAGAUAUCGCUGAUAAACUUGACUUUCUGCUUACCUUUGAAAGACCAGUUUUGACUAAUUUGCAGCAAUUAAACAGAAGUAUUGAUAAAAGUUUCAUUAUAAGAGGAGAAUCGCAUGAAGUAAAAUUGACUUUUUCUCAAAAUGAUUAUAAAACUAUCCUGAAACUAGUGGAUUUAAAUCUUUCUUAUGAUGACCAAAUGGAAGAGUAUAUUAAUCCUGAAUGUGUUCCACCUCUGAAAAUCGAUAACUUGCCUGACCAUGGAGGUGUUUUUAUUAAUUUAAAUAUUGAUAUUGGACUAUUUGCUCUAUUGUUAAAUCAUAAAGACCAAGAAAUCGCUGAAAUUGUAGGGACAAGGACGAAUAUUAAGAUGAUCAAAUAUAAUGAUUAUUCUAUGGAUAUGGGAUUUACUUGUAAAGGUUUGCUAGGAUUAAUAGAUAAAAUUAAAGUUUCCAGUGAGACGAAUAAUGAGACAAGACUUUCUCAAGAAAUUUUUACAAUCCCUUCACAUUGCCAGAGCAUUCUUGAAGGAAAUCGUCUGUCUCAUGUACUAUUUGGGCCAUUAGAGGAAGAUAAUGAAUUAUCUCCUAUAGAAAGAGAGUCUACUUUCCGGCUUGAUUUAAAAAGCAGCUUUGAUGGCUCUAAAGACAUUAUAAUAGAACUUAUCCAAGUCAGAAUUAAUUUUCAUUAUGCAAUAAUAAUGGAAAUUCAAAAUUUUUUUUAUUAUGGAAUGCCUGACUAUACAGACGAAAAUGAUACCCCAUUUGACUAUAUGCACAAAUACAGGCCUUCCCCAAGCCAAAUUUCAAAAGAAGUGCUCUUACAAUGGCUAGCUCCAAAAUUAAUGAUAAAUGUCUGUAUAAAGAAACCAAUAGUAAUUUUGCCUUGUUUAGACACUAAUAGAGUUUUAGUGGCCCAGACUGAUUUCAACUAUAUGAUGAUGAGAGAAAACGAAGCUAAAGCAAUCUCUGGAGAAGUCCCAUCUGCAAUUAAAAAGUUUGUAGCCCACGAAUUAGAGCUUUACACCUGCAAGCCAGACGAAUUAGUAUCUAAAAAAUCAUUUGAAAAUGUUAAGAAAAGGAGAAUCCAGGAGCCUCUUCAAUUGAUUUUUGCCAGUGUAGAGCAAAGAGUUGAGGAUCGUAUGAAUUAUGAUACUGAUUGACAAAUAGAAAAUUUAACGCUAAUAAUAUCUCAUCAAGAUAUCAAUUUAAUUGCAUCUGUUAUGAAAUUUCAAAACGAAAUGCUGGAAAGAGAAGCAAAACUUAUAAAAGAGCUUGAAAUUGCUCCUAAAAGAAAUACUCAAAAAAUAGAACUCCCGAAAGCCCCUGUCAAUAAGUCAAGAAUGAGAGGAAGAACUGACUGUGAAAGAGAAACUCUUCCAGUAAAUCCUGCUCCUAUAAGUCUCCAAAACUUAAAAAUCUCAAGCAAAACUAACUAUUACUUUGGCGGCAUCAAUGUGCUUAUUAUUAAUGAUGGCUCUGGAGCUUAUUCUCCAGUUAUAGAUUUUACUAUAAGCCAGUUUAAACUAAAGCAAGACCAAAACGGUGACGAAUACAACAUAAAAGCAGAGCUAGACAUCCGUUCCAGUUAUUAUAACCCUUUUAUUGACAUGUGGGAGCCUUUUAUAGAAAUGUUCAUUCUAAAUGUCGAGGUUUUUGACUCUCCAAACUUAAACCCACAAAAGCAAGUUAUGCUGCUUUUUAACCCAUCAUUGCCAUUUAAUAUAAAUUUGACAGAAAUUAUGAUUAAGCACACAUUGAAGAUUUUAAGCUCAUGAAGCACUUCAGAACAAAGGGUAGAAGGAAAAGAGGUGGUUUCUCCUUUGUGUGUUAUUAACAAAACAGGGUGCAAUAUGCAAGCGUGGAAGACUAAUAUUAUGGACACCAGCCCAAAAAUCAUAAUUGAAGUGCCGGCUGGGAAGUCGGUGGAUUAUGAAAUAAACGCAAAUGAUAUGAGGACUAUUGAAAUUUCUCAGGAAUUUUUAACAGUGUCUCUUUUUAAGCCUGAAAUGCCUUUUCCGCCGAUUAAUAAUAUACCUAUCAAUAAAGUUCAAUGUUUAACUGUAGAUGUGGAUUGCUAUGGGCAGCAAUUUCCAAUUAUAUUAGAAAUAGGGCUGAUUGAGACCAGAAAAAUUCUGACAGUGAGAAGUUCGAUUGUAAUUUUAAAUGAGACGACGUUUGACAUUAAGCUGCUUUUCAGCAAAUUUUUAGAAUCUGAAGAAAAAAUCUGCCCUGCUAAGCAAGAAUGCUCAGUCCCUAUUGAUUUUGUUAACCAUUUAUUAGGCUUCAUGCCAGUUGACUCAGAUAUAUUUGAAUGGACAAUGAUAAGACUGCAAGAAUUUUCCAGCCAAAAUCAUGGCCACUCUGCAGAAAUAAAAAUCGGAAAUUCCCACGUCGAGCUGUAUUUAAUUCGAGACCUUGCAAACCCUCAAAAGAAAACCAUUGCUAUUAAGCCGCCCACGAUAAUUAGAAACCACUUACCAUGUGAUCUUUCAAUGAGACUUUAUUAUCAAAAUAAGCAUGAGUAUACAGAAAUUUUUAUUUUAGCAGGACAAACCUAUGAAGAAUAUGCAAUAAGCUCAACCAAAGACCUUCACGCUGCAAUUACAUUUAGAAAUUUUUCUUAUAGCAAUCGCCAGUGCAUUAUUUCUCGUAGAGGCGAUAAGCCAGCUACAACUAUAACAUUUAUAGACAAUAAUGGAGAUGCUAUAACUGUUUUGAUUGAUUAUCGUAAAGAAGGCUCUCAUAUGAUUACUCUUUAUUCAGCUGUUGUGUUAGUCAAUAAUACAUCUUUGCCUGUCACUUUUUAUAGUAAAAAGAAAGGCCAUAGCAAAAUUGUGGCAGGGCAAAAUAAUAUUGAUCCUCUUGUUCCUUGUUUUUUUACUAAAAAAAUAGCUAUUGGUAUGGGAAAAAGCAAGUCAGAGUAUUUUAAAAUUAAUACAAUUGGAGCACAAACUAUGAUUGAAAUUGAAGGAGAGCCAGACGAAGAAGGCUUAAAGACGAAAUAUCAGUUUAUAUAUGAAGUUCAGCUUGUCCAAUCCGUUCCAAAUGAGCUGAUAUUUACCAGAAUGGUUAUUGUAUCCCCCAGAUUUUUGCUUGUUAAUAAUAUGAAACAAGAUUUGAUUAUAAAACAAUUUAAAAGCCCAUCAAAAGACGUAAUAUUGAAACCUGAAAGCAGAGAGCCUUUCCACUGGCCAGACUGCAUGUCUAAUGAACUUAUGAAUAUAAAGGUCUUAGAAGACCACUGGGGCUGGUCUGGAGCUUUCAGCAUUUCAAGUGUUGGAACUUUUACAGUCCAGUGCCGAAAUCUAAAAGACCCUGGUGUCUUUGUGCUCAUAAAGGUCGAAAUAAAGCUCCAAACAAGUACAGCUUAUAUUGUUUUUGAAGAAGAAAAUGAAAGGUUUUGCUCUUAUAGAAUUGAAAAUUUUUCAAAAAAUAUUUCUAUGAUGGUUUAUCAGCAAGGCUGUAAAGACGAAAUGAGGUAUAUUGAUGUAAUGUCUAUGACGCCUUUUGCUUUUAGUAAACCUUUGCUUGACCAUGAACUGGUUGUUGAGUUCUUUAUAGGAUCUCUAGAAGAUUUUCCUGUGCAGACUAAUUGUAAAUAUAGGUUUUCUUUUGACAAAAUAAAUUUGACAUAUAGAGUUCCUAUUCUUAUGACACAAGAAUUAGGCUAUGUUAUAUUUGGCAUCACUAUAAGUGAAUCUGCCACCAAAGUCUUGAGAUUUGCUGAUGUCCCAUUAGGAAAAAUUACUUCUGAAAAUGAAAUGAUUUUGACCCAGUUUAACAUAAACAUCCCUCGGUUUGGAAUUUCUUUUAUCGUUGCUAGUUAUUUGAUUGGAAUUUUGUCCUCGUAUGACAUUUUUGGAUUUUUGGUCUUAAUUUUUCCUCUUGAGCUAAAAAUUAAAUUCUACAAAUUUACCACAAGGAAAAUAUUCUGACCAAAUAGCACAGACCUUCUUUUAUAGAGCACUACCACGACAAAGCAGCCGAAGUUUUAUAUUUUUCUGCUAAUAACAUAACUCUCCUUAUGCAGACCACAAAGCGGCAGUGAAAAGUAGAAAUGCUGAUCGAAACCCUUCAAAUUGACAACCAAUAUAAUCCAAGCGCUAUUUUCCCUGUCCUAAUCUUCCCUAACGAGUACAAUGAAAACCGAAUAGUCCAUUUAUCAAUCUGUGCAUAUAUUGAUGAAAAUCCUAACUGUGACCAUUUCGAGACCUUUGAGCUGCUUAUCCAGCCACUUACUAUUAAUCUUGAAAGCGCAAUUAUAAGGAAACUUAUGGAGUAUAUCGGAAGACUAACCAUGCAGGAAUCCCCUGUUUAUGAGUCACAAAAAAUAUAUGAAGCUUAUUUUAGCCCAACUUGGUCAGUAAAAGAGCCUAUUACACAAGACAAAAGAUUUUAUUUUGCCAAGCUAAAACUGUGCCCUAUAAAAUUAAUUUUGACUUUUGUACCGCUUAAAGAGACUGAAGAAACUGCAAAUGAUGCCUUUGCAACUAUUACAAAAGCAUUGGGGAUGGCAAUUACUGCAAUAGAAUCAGCGCCUAUAAAGCUGUACUCUGUGGAAAUGAAUGAUCUUUUUGGCACUCAAAUGCAGAUUGUGUCAGGGCUGCUUAUGCAUUAUAAAGGACAGCUUGCAAGUGAAAUUUUUUCGUUAAUUGGACAUGCAGAAGUGCUUGGAAAUCCUAUUGGGCUGCUUAAUAAUUUAGGGACAGGGUUUGUGGAUUUCUUUUAUGAGCCAGCUCAAGGACUUAUUAAUGGGCCAAUGAGUGCGGGAAAAGGCUUUAUCAAAGGGGCAGGGUCACUAGUGAAAAAUACUGUUCAGGGGACAUUUGGGACAGUUUCGAAGCUUGCAAGCAGUUUGGCCACUGGGAUUUCUUCAUUAACCCAAAGCAGAGAAUAUUUCUUACUCCCCCCCCAUCCUUGAUCGAACGAUUGACUGUAAAAAUUCCUAAAAAUUGGGGAAAUUAACCCCCCAUCCUUGAUCGAACGAUUUUCAUAUCAUGCAAAUUUUUAUAUAUAUAAAAAAUAUUAGUUAUCAAAUGCUUUGGAAGAUGUGCCUAAUGAAGUUGUUUUCAGAGCUUUAAGACGACAGAAAGCUGCGAAAUCAACCAUUCGAAGUGAUUUAGACAUCAACCUAGGCUUAAAAACUCAAUCAAUAAUCUAAUAAAAUAGAGAUUCUUUAAAAAUUUUAAAAAAAUAUUUAAUUUAAAUUAAAAUUUAUACAGUUUAAAAGGGGUAACUAAUAAAUCAAAUUAUUAAAAUUUGGUAUUUUUAUGAAAUUAUUAAAUACUCUUAACCUUCUUAUUUAAAGUAAAUAAAAAAAUCUAUAUAUAUCUUUUUCAUUUUAUAUAUAAAAUUUUUUUCCCAAAAAAAUUUUUUUUUAACCCCCAUCCUUGAUCGAACGAUGGCGAGUCGUUCGAUCAAGGAUGGGGGGGGGAGUUAGAAAGACAGCGUGAUAAAAUUAAGAAUAAGCCUAGAAACCUUGUUGAUGGUGUUGGGCUUGGAUUUAAAUCAUUUUUCAGAAAUUUAGGAAAAGGGAUUACUGGAGUUGUUUCUGAGCCUUAUAAAGGCUAUAAGAAAAAUAAGGUAAAAGGAAUGAUCAAAGGAGGAGUCAGAGGAUUAACAGGACUUGUAGUUAAACCUGUCGCAGGAAUGCUUGAUGCAGCUAGCAAAACAGCUGAAGGAGUCAAAAAUACCGCAAAUGCUUUUGAAAAAGUCAGUGUCUAUAAUAGAGCAAGAGCUCCAAGACCAUUUUAUGGCAACAGUUUUCUAAUCAAGCCUUAUAAUGAAUAUGACGCUCAAUCAUUAUUUUUUAUCAAUCAGCUACAAAAAGGAAUUUAUUCUAGGGAAAGAUUUAUUGCUCAGUCUGUAAGCAAAGAUAUAAGAGGCCAAAAACUUUUAGCGAUUUUAUUUUUCGGAAUUCUUAUUCUUGCAGAUAUAAGAACCAAAAAAAUACUUUGGGAAGUUAAUACUUCGACAAUUGAGAAUUUAGAAGUCAUUGAAAGAAAAGGACUCGUCUUAUAUACUUUACCAAGUAAACAUAAGAAACAUAAAAAGAAAGUCUCAUUUUUGAUUCCAUUCCCAAACCAAGCAGCUGUAGAUAAAUUGUCAAAGAAAAUUAAGGAUGUGAUGGCACAGAUCAAAUCAUAA